AUGUCGCCCUGCCUGGCAGCGCCGGUCGCGAGGAGAGCGGCGCGACGCAGCACACGCGUGUGGUCGGCUCUGGGUGGCGGCGCGGCCUCCGUAGAAGCAUCGGCGGACGGAGAAUACGGCCAGCUCGCGGAAGAGACGGAAGCGAGGGCGAAGCUGGACGUCGACGUUCUGGCGGGGGUGGACGAGCGCGCGCUUCCGCCCGCCGAGGUCUCCCCGGGCGCGGGGGAUUCAGAGAGUAGCAGCAGCAGCGGGGACGAGGGGUUGGGGGACAGCAGUCUCGCGGACCUCAUUGACGCCGCGCUCGCCGCCGCGCACGCCUCGUGCUGCGCCCAGAUGGACCGCCUGCGCUCGCAACCUGUACGCUGCGCCUUGCCUGCUCGCCCGCUCGCUCCUCUUCUUCCUCUAUCUCUCCCUCUCCCUCCCUCCCUCCCUCCCUCCCUCCCUCCCUCCCCGUGCAUGGCCGACGUGGAGGCAGUGCACGACCUGAGGGUGGCGGUGCGGCGCCUGCGCUCCACCGUCUCCGUCUUCUCCCCUUUCAUCCAGGUGCCUGACGCCCUCAGGCCGCGCGCGCUGGGGAAGCUGCUGCGCGCGCUGGGUGGAGUCAGAGAUGCUGACGUCAUGCUGGAGACGCUAGCAGCAGUACAGCAGCGCGUGGGUGCGUGUGGGGUGGAGGAGGCGCAGGGCGAGCAGCGGGUGGUGGGGCGCUUUGAGCACGCCGUGCGCAAGCGACAGAGGCGCCUGCUGCGCGCCGCCCUCUCUGCCACUGCCAGCAAGGACGCUCGCCACAUCAUGCACGCCCUUGAGCCACAGUUAUCCAUCGCCCUCUCUUCUCCCCGUCCGUCCCUCUCUCCUGCACUUCACCAUCUCCACAUGCCCCUUUUGCAACACCUCCUCCUCCCUGUUCGAUCCCACACCCCUGCCCUCCUCUCCCCACCUGCGUGUGCACGCCAGCGGUGUGCACGGGGUGUGAAGCCGCGGUCGCCAUCAGCAGCGCUGCUGCUGCAGCAGCACGUGGCACUCUCCGCGCCCUCUCUGCUCACCCCACACAUUGCCGCCGCUCUGCUCGACCACGCCUGGUCCAUCGAUGAGCUGCGGUACCGCAUGGACCUGCUGGAGGUGGCAUACCCGCCGGGCGGCCGCUUCCCAGGGGCGCUGCAGCGCGUGAAGCGGCUGCAGAGCAUUCUGGGCGAGCAGCAGGACCUGCACGUGCUGGCUGACGCCCUGCUGCCGCACGCCCACCUCAUGCCCGCCACCAUGCUUGCCCUGCGCUCCUACCAGCUGCAGCCCUCCAACGCAAGAAACAUCGACCUCCUCUUCCAAUCCCACCUCUACCUCCCUUGCACCCAAUUCCACCCCGGCACUGUCCACAUUGCCUUCUGGCACGCCACUCUCAACCCCCGUUGCUGCUGCCUCUUCUGUCUCCCACCCAGGUCUUGA